AUGCGCCUUUGCUAUCAUGGAGUAUCACCAUCGAGCAGACUCCUCGCAAAAUCACAGACCUCGAUGAGCAGCUUUACGGGCACUACUAGCCUUGCGAACGAUGCGAUGCGCUCUCUGGCUGCACUGAGAGGCAAGCCACCAGCCACCGCUGCACCUGCAAGACCAUAUAGCCUGGGGAGAUUAUGGAGCCCAGCCCAAGGAAUCGUAUUUGGAAAUGGUGAGACUGGACUGCGGGGGAGCAGUCCGAGGGCAUUCAGUACGACCACAUUAUCCACACUAGAAACGUCGACGGCUACGAUUGAGAAUACCUAUACCUUGUCAAGCAAGGAAAACUUGACACCAGCACGGGAAUCUGAUCAAGGAACACAAUCCAUCCCGAGCAGCUCCAGUAGCUGGGCCCCUUCAGCUCCCGACACGGCUGGUUUACAGACGGACCCGUCUCAAACCGAGGUCUCCCAGCAACAAGAGGCUAUUACAGAAAAGCCGAAACCAACCGAAGAAGAAGAAGAAGUCCACACACCCCUCUCAUUUGUGAUGCCGGCGGAAGUCCUCCAGAAAGCCAAAGAUGCAACCCCGGAUACCCCCGACUCCUUCUGGACGCACAGACUAUACACAGGCCCCGACGACGCAAAAGUCAAAGUGCAUUAUUGCAAGUCCCGACACACUACCGAAUCCGUGCUUCAGAAGCACUUCUUGGGCAAGCCUAUCCUUGGCUUCGACAUUGAAUGGAAAAUCGACGCGACUCGAUUUUCCUCUCCAAAGAAGAAUGUUUCCCUUAUACAGCUGGCCUGUGAAGACCGUAUCAUCCUAAGUCAUCUCGCACUCUUCCCCAAAGACGGCAUCGAUGACCUGGUCGCCCCAACCCUCAAAGCUAUCCUUGAGGAUCCCAAUGUUUCCAAAUGUGGGGUCGCUAUCAAAGCAGACUGCACACGCGUGCGGAAAUUCCUGAAGGUUGAUACGCGCGGUAUUUUCGAGUUAAGCCAUCUGCACCGCCUAAUCGAAGGCUCCGCCGCACGUAAUCCAACUCUCAUUAACAAGAAGCUCGUGUCGCUCACAUCGCAAGCAUCCGAGCAUCUUGCCCUCCCCAUCUUCAAAGGAGAGGUCCGUGGCAGCGAUUGGAGUGAGGCCCUGAGCAUGGAGCAGAUUUUGUAUGCAGCUAGUGAUGCGUAUGCCGGGUUCAUAUUGUACGAUGUCCUCGAGGCGAAACGAAAGGCCCUGCGCCCUACGCCGCCGCGCCCAUACCACGCCGAACUUGGCCUCCCCAUCCGCCUUGCAUCUGGAAUCGAACUCGUCACAGUUGACGAUUCACUCGAUGAUGCUACUGCAGCCCUCGAGCCGCGCAAGACGUCACGCUCUGCCCCCCAAGACCCGUCCCUUUCUAUUCCCCUAGAAACUGAUGAGGACUCAUCCCCACAACCUUCUACCAAAUCACCCAAGCGCCCUGCAAAGAAGGCCGAGCGACCUGCCGACCCUCGAGUGGACGCCGCUGCUGCCUUUGCAGUCUCAUAUCGCGCUGCGCAUCCUUCUACCACUGCAGCACCUGCGGCUUUACGUGCCUACCAUAUCUGGUCAUCACAUGAAGACCUGUCGGUUGAGGACAUUGCAGGGUUGCUGCGGGAUCCGCCGCUGAAGAUCGGGACGGUACGGGGAUACAUCCUUGAGGCGCUGCGAUUGGAGGGCCGAGGGGUUCUGGGGAGCGGCGCGGGGCUCCGAAGGAGUUGA